CUCUCUCCCUCUGUAUGCUGCAACUCGUGUCAUUCUAGAUGGGCUGCAGAGAAUAGUCACCGGGAGAGAGAGAAAGAGAAAAAAACCAGAUUGUUUAGAUUGUGGCUUUCAGCGUGAACAUCAGAUGAGCAGGCAACCAAUGAAACUGGAAAGGCUAGGUGGCAUCCAUUCCCUCCCAGCCAAUUGCAACCAUUUAAACGACGUACCAAAAAACGGCCAGCGACUUAGGUAAGCAAGCUCAGUGAAAGCCCAUUGUCUUCAUCUGGUCCCUCCGGACGUGCCCAGCUCGAUGAAUUGUUGACUGGAAAUUGUGUGACACCGAAGGCGAUCGACAUUGUGAAAAUAUGACUGCCACCGAAAGGAAUUCUGUCCAAACUAGGCAACGAAACGUCGAUGAAAUGGCCGAAGGAACGCUAAUGGAUGAUGUUCUUGAUGAAUCUUACAAGGAGAGACGGGAUCCGAGUUAUCCAAAGCAGAUAGUGUGGAGAAACGUAGUUCUGAUGACGUUGCUUCACGUCGGAGCUGUUUAUGGGCUGAUCACCAUCACCGCCGCCUCUGCUUUAACCUUGCUAUGGUCAAGUGUGUGUUUCAUGAUAAGUGCUCUGGGGAUAACAGCAGGAGUUCAUCGACUCUGGAGCCACAGGUCCUACAAAGCUAAACUGCCACUAAGAAUCUUCCUAGCCAUUGCAAACUCCAUGGCUUUUCAGAAUGAUAUCUAUGAGUGGGCUAGAGACCACCGCGCCCAUCAUAAGUUUUCCGAGACCAAUGCAGACCCACAUAAUGCUGCAAGAGGGUUCUUCUUUGCUCACAUUGGAUGGCUGCUGGUUCGUAAGCACCCAGACGUGAUUGAGAAAGGAAGCAAGCUGGACCUCAGUGACCUCAAGGCAGAUGCAGUUGUCAUGUUCCAGAGAAGGUACUAUAAGCUGUCUGUAGUGGUGAUGUGCUUCCUCGUCCCCACCUUGGUGCCCUGGUGCUUCUGGGGGGAGAGUUUGUGGGUGGCUUACUUUAUCCCGUGCCUGCUGAGAUACACUCUGGUCCUUAAUGCCACCUGGCUGGUCAACAGUGCUGCCCACAUGUGGGGUAUGAGGCCCUACGACAGCAACAUUAACCCCAGAGAGAACAAAUUUGUUGCCUUCAGUGCUGUAGGAGAAGGCUUCCACAACUACCACCACACAUUUCCUCAUGACUACGCUGCCAGUGAAUAUGGCAGUCGGCUGAAUAUCACAAAAUCAUUUAUUGAUCUUAUGUGCCACUUUGGCCUGGCUACGGACUGCAAGAAGGUGGCUCAUGACACAGUCUUGGCCCGGAUACAGCGCACUGGUGAUGGCAGUCACAAAAGUGGCUAAGUUACUUAUGCUACUUCAGAAGCCAGAACAUGUGAUGAGAAAGCCUUUUUUUAAUUUGCAGUGAGUGUGCAAUGAAGGUCCUAGUGAUGUCUCCACUCUUACAAUGAAUUAGGGAUUCCUAUCUAGUUUGCAGGCUAAUACCGGCUUUAGGACCACUGUUUAAGUUUUUGAAAUCCAUUAUCAAACUGUAGUCCUUUUAGUUCCGGCACAGAGUUUGAUUAGGGUAACAUACCUAGCUCUCGCACUGCCUCUGAAGCAGGAGUUGUAACAGUAUUGCCUAAACAGUUCUGUGCCAUGUCAGGGCACUCUCUCUCUCGGAAGACCUAAGAAGUGCCGCUAUCUGUUUAAAUGAUAACAUCCAGCUUUAAUUUAAGAAAAUCAUUCCUAUAAACUAUGCAAGUUGUGUAUGCAAUUCCAGCUUAUAUAACAUCACAUGUUUGUGCUAUUAAUCUCUUGAUAUUUCUGGUUUACAUUUAAAUACAUUAGGUUACAUUUUUAGAUGAUACGAUUUGAUGUGAAACUAAACUGAAAAUAUUUGAUGCUUUAAAGCUGCUUUUUAGUUCUAAGAGGUAAGAGAUUUUUUUUGUUCUCACUGAGUUUGAACUCAGUGUAAUUGAAUGGUGAAAGCUAAUUCCAUAGUCUAUGUUAAUAUAGACAACUAGUACAGAGACCCCCAACUAGUAUAAAAAUGCUGGGUAAACUUGGUUUUUAAAAUGUGUUCUAGGCGAUGAGAAACUUACUGUGACACUUUUAACUCAAAACUACCCCCCCCUGGAAAAGACAUCUUGUUUAUUGGUGCCCCUGAAUUUAGUAUUUUGCACAUUCUGUUAGAUUCCUUUGGGCCUUCAUCUGUAUCAUGAAAACGUGAUCUGAGACCAUUCUGCCAUCCACAAUAUCUUAAGAGCUCUUAGCCCUCACAUUUUCUUCAGCUCUGCCAACAAGUUUCACAGGGACUUUACAUCACCUUAUUUUAGCAUCCCAUCAGAGACAUGAUAUCCUAGAAGUCUGUCAUGUUGUGUGUAACCUAACAAGGUUCCUAUGUGCUUUGGAGGCAAAACAGCCCUGCAGUAUCACCUAUAGAGGACUAUAUUUAAGAGCCAGUUAAUAAAAAAGUUAUUUUUCUGGAUAACUAUUGCUCCUUUUAUGACAAACCUUUAGACAAAAAGGUUCUGAUUAUGUUCCAAAUAUAUUCAGUCAAGGUGUUUUUCUGGGAGUCUUUUUAGGAAGCUUAGUGGCAUAAUGUCUUAUAGUUUUUGAGGCUCAGUAAUCCCAAAAUUCACCCCAAUUUAUUUAUUUAUUUAUUUAUUAGCUUUUUUUUCUUUUACAGUACAAAUGAAAUUCAGGAUAAAAUGUGUUUUUCUCAUUUCGGAUUUCAGAUGAGCUGAGAAAUCUUCUGGCUUUAGUGCCGGUAAUCGCAUAAACUACUUUUAUAAACAGGAAUGAACUAUAAAAGACUAUUUAAACCCUAUUCAACAAGUAAAAGUGUAUGUCUAUUAUUGUAACAGUGGUGACAGACAUAUCUCCUAGUUUUGCUGUAAGACCUGUACCAACUCUUUUUUAGGUCAGUAGAAAAUGAUUAUUUCAUUAUUCACAUAUCCUGCAUGCUCAGUUACUUGUAGAACAAGGGUGUCUAGUCUUAUCUACAAAGGGCCAGUGAGGUUGCAUGUGUUCAUUCCAACAAAGCAGGAGCGCACAUGUUUUAAGACUAAGACCAACUGAUUCAACACAUGGACUCGGGUGAGCAACUGCUUGUUUGGAAUGAAAACCUGCAGCCACACCAGCCCUUUGCUGUUAAGAUCAGAUUCCACUGUUACAGCAUACAGUUCCUAAGCCUUUCUACAGGUGACCAUGUUAAAAUGCACUUCUUAAGGUGCAAGUGCUUGAUAAAUAAUGUGUAUUGUUUGCUGUAGACCAAAUUUUAGAUGCAUUUUGUAUUGGUACCAGGCUUUAUUAUUAGCUGAGCUUUACUGUUGGUAUCUGUCUAACUUAUGAAUGACUAUAAUGAAGCUGCAGCUGGUCUUUAUUAGUCUACAGAAAAUAUUAAAAAGUUGAGAGCUCUUUAUUAAGGCUACAUAUACAAUGCUUUCUCGCAUUAAUUACUGAUAAUUUUACUGAACACAAAUGUAUAAUUGAAAUUUGUUACUAUUUCUCAGUAUUUUACACUGAUGAUGUGUUCUGAGAGGCUUAAAACAGGCAGAUUUUCAAGGAAUGUUCACUUUGUGUACCAAUGAAUGAAGCAAAUUUUCUGUAGAAAGAAGAAUUUUGCGAGUUGUGCUGUGAGUUUAUGAUCAUUAUUAAUAGUGCUGUUUUCUUAAUUGAAUAAAAAUUGAAGAAAGCUUUA